CAGGUACAGACUCAGCUAGCAGCCACACACAAUUCUUCCGCUGUGGCUUACGUGGACGGAGCACGCUGGUCCUAUACAGCUAGUAAGAGCAGCUUCUACAGGGACGAAAGAGCACAGGAGUAGGCCGCAGGACAAUCUAAAAGACUUAGAGAGUCGAGCAGAUUACAGUAAUCAUCUCGACGUGGCGGGUAUCGUGCCUGUACAAACCAGUCGAAUUACGCAAGCGCCACACUGGGUGACUGUAGCCAUUGUUGCUCGAUAGCAAGAAAGUCCGCUUCUCGGUUUUGCGCUAGUUUUACGAGACUACCUGAGUGAUUAUCAGAUACGAAGGGAAGUUGUACGUAGUGCCUGAGCGCAGGUGAUAUACAUAUCUUCGUAUCACAAAUCGAUAAUCACGUGCGCGCCUCCCUCCCGGAGCCUCCUUGUUCUCGCAGCAGCACAAGGCCAGACUUCUACGAGAUGCGGGCCCUCUUGAAGAAGCUCCUGCUGCCGGUCAUCCUUGCGAUGCUCCACGAGCAGGUGCCAGGCGUGUGUGCGACUACACCGAUCACGUUUAUCGCUAGCGGCAUUCUUUUUGGUUUGCCACCUGAAAGGAGGGAACAGACCUUCGAUUACGAAACUGCCACCAUGAGGGAGGUUCACCUCUGGAUCACGGGGGAAAUCGAGCAGCAAUGCAACCUAUGCAUGGCAAAUAUGUCUGGGCUUGGAACAAGGAUGCAACUUGUGACGGUCGUGGUCCUCCCUUUAGACUCUACAUAAAAUAUGUUUUGCAUGAAGAGCAAGACGAGAGAUCCAGCGUUCGCGACGUGGAGAGGGAAUUGCUCAUGCGGUACGAGCAUCAGAGUGCCCGCAUGGAAUCUGUCAUGCUAGGGCAUGUAUGACAGAUAAGACAUCAUAGGCCGUGGGAAAUUUGCAUGGCAAGUCUCGCAAGUAUUCAGACCCAGACAUAUUUGUAUUUGGUACGCCUGGGUCCUGCGCCGCUGCAACAAGGUAUUUUUGCGGGUGACAAUCCGCGGACUGCCGUUCUUGUUCGAUCCAUACACUAGUGGAGCUAACGCCGAAUCUCUUGGCCCCAGGAACAGAAUAACCGACCUGAGUCUGACCAUAAAGCAGCACAUGGAGAGGGACAUGCGUCUAGAACCGGUCGUCAAGAAUUUCAACAGGGGAAGGAAUCUUCCUCCUCUCAUCGUGUAUUGAUUUAUUUUUCAUUUCAGUAAGUAAGCAUAGUAGAUAUAGUCGACUUUUUGCUUUUGCCAUCGCGCAUGAUAUGCUUGUCAUAGAAACAACAUUCAUACUUACAUACUCUACAGCAACCUUGAGGAGCCCCACGGCGGAAGCUUGAUGUGAACUUAUUGGAAAUAGCGAAACACGAUGGCCCGGGUGCGUUUUAUUUGAGCGAGAACUUUUACAGAUGAAGAUCACAUCGCUCGCAUUGCCACAACGAAGUGCUGUUCACCGAUUGAACGCACUUAAUUCUACAGAAUGAUCAUCGACCAAGAUGUUGACGCAAGAGAAAAGAUGUUUUUUUUCUGCGAGCCCUGCAACACAAAUUUUUGCGUUCUUUGUGAACAGUUUAGCAGAAUAGGAAAU